AUGGAGCCCAAAGAAGCUACUGGGAAAGAGAACAUGGGCACCAAGAAAAGGAAUCUGACCUUGCUGAGGCCCAGGCUGUACAUGCUGGAGAGAAGGAAGACUGACACUGUGGUUGAGAGCAGUGUUUCUGGGGACCACUCUGGUACCUUGAGGAGGAGCCAGUCUGACAGGACCGAAUACAACCAGAAAUUACAAGAAAAGAUGACUCCACAGGCCGAGGGUCCUGCAGCUGAGCCCUCCUCUCCGGAGGAAGAGCACCAGGUGAGGAGGAUGAUGGCGAAGCGGGCGAAGAUCAUCAAGGAGCUGAUCCAGACGGAGAAGGACUAUCUCAACGAUCUAGAGCUGUGCCUUAGGGAGGUGGUGCAGCCCCUGAGAAAUAAGCAGAUCGCUAGGCUGGAUGUGGAUAGCUUGUUCAGCAACAUCGAGUCGGUGCAUCAGAUAUCGGCCAAGCUGCUGUCGUUGUUGGAAGAGGCCACAAUAGCCGUGGAACCGGCCAUGCAAGUAAUCGGAGAAGUGUUCCUGCAGAUUAAAGGACCACUGGAAGAUAUUUAUAAAAUCUACUGCUACCACCACGAUGAAGCGCACAGUGUCCUGGAGUCCUAUGAGAAGGAAGAGGAGCUGAAGCAACACUUGAGCCAGUGUAUCCAGUCCUUAAGGCAAAUAUACAUGCAAGAAGGCAAACCCAACUUACUGGACAUGGGCUCUUUGAUGAUCAAGCCAAUUCAGCGUGUGAUGAAGUACCCCCUAUUACUGUGUGAACUUCGGAAUUCUACCCCUCCUUGCCACCCAGAUUACAGAGCACUGGAGGAUGCCUUUGCUGCUGUGAAGGACAUUAACGUUAACAUCAAUGAACUGAAAAGAAGGAAAGAUUUAGUUCUAAAAUAUAAGAAGAAUGAUGAGGAUGAAUCACUUAAAGACAAACUGUCUAAACUAAAUAUUCAUUCAAUUAGCAAGAAAUCAAAACGAAUGACAAAUCAUCUAAAGAUUCUGACCAGAGGAGAAUCACAGGUGAAAGACAAUACAUUUAACAGAGAAGAAAAGCUAUUUAGAUCUUUAGAAAAGACUGUGAAGCAUUCUGUGAAGAACAUUUCCUUCUGUCUACAGCACAUACAGGAUGCCAUGCCCUUUGCCCUGCAGAGUGUAACCGAGCUCCAGGAAAUUUCGUACAACAAAGACGAGAAGGAGAAAGGCAACUCAGAUUCUUCGAGUAAUGCCUCAAAUCCCUGUCAUGACUUUACAGCUCACUUACAGAGACUCGUCCUGAGCCCCCUAUCUGCUCUGCUGUCCCUUUUCCCGGGGCCUCUGAAACUCAUUCAGAAACGCUAUGACAAACUGCUCGACUACAAUAGCUACCUGCAGCGGUCAGCAGGAGGAGAUGAGUCAGAUCUGGCCAAAAAGGAAUAUGAGGCCCUCAAUGCCCAGCUUGUAGAAGAGCUCCAGGUGUUCAACCAAGCUUCUCGGAAGAUUCUGUUGAACUGUCUGUGCAGUUUCAUCACCCUGCUCAGGGACCUGAUGCUCACGGCACAGCAGGCUUACUCCACGGUGGUGCCGGUGCCCCUAUUGGUCUCAAGCAUCUCUGAGAUUCAGAGCCGAAUAUUAGAGGAGGUGCAAAAUAUGAAUUUUGUGAAGGACAACAGUGUGACAUUUAUUGAGAGGAAACUUAGUUUUGAAAAAAAGAAGCCUGUGCAGAGUCUGCCAGAAGUGCCACGGCAAACUGACAUUCACCGCUCCAAGCUUCUAUCCACAUACACUGCAGGGGAACUCUACCAAGCUAAGCGCAAGUGCAAUGCUACACAAGAGUAUGACAUCAAUCUUCUGGAAGGAGAGUUGGUGGCUGUGAUGGAACAGAAAGAUCCCUUGGGGAGUACUAGCAGAUGGCUUGUUGACACAGGAAUUGUAAAAGGAUAUGUGUAUUCCUCCUUCCUAAAACCCUACAACCCAGCAAAAGGGCAGAAGGCGGAUUCUGAGAACAGGUUCUGUGAUGAUGACUUUGAUAACAUCAGCCUCUUUGUGUCUUCAAGACCAGCUAGUGACAGUGUCACAGGCACCCCAGAAGGGAGCGUAAGUGAUAGCAGCUCAUCUCUUAGUGGCAUUUGUGGAAAGUUUGAAACAAACGACACUGAUGUUGACAGUUUUCAAGAAGUGGAUGAACAGAUUUUCUAUGCUGUUCAUGCUUUUCAAGCACGGAGUGACCAUGAACUCAGCCUUCAAGAGUACCAAAGAGUCCAUAUACUUAGAUUUUGUGACCUAAGUGGAAAUAAAGAGUGGUGGUUAGCCGAAGCUCAAGGACAGAAAGGAUAUGUGCCAGCUAACUACCUUGGGAAGAUGACCUAUGCUUAA